UUGACUCCCAACGCGACCUCGCCUUUCCCCUACAUCGCCUUUCUUCCACUCAACCAGCUUCAUCACAUCUGGCCUGAAACGCAGCCUCAACCCACUUUUCAUUGCCUACCGCAUCUGUCCGACAAAGCGUUGAGUUUGCGACCCCAAUGGAACCUUUUCACUCGCAGCAAGUCGGCGAAAGGCAGCGAAAAAAUGAAGCGCAAGUCGCGAGUAUGAUGGCGUUCGACGACAGUCUCUCCGCAAUAGAUCUGGACGGCGAUCCAAAACACUUGCGAGAACCAGGCCAGCACCCCAAUGUACUGUCAGAGGAUGAAGAGGCCGCGCUCGAUACAGGCUCCGAGCGCGUCUGUCGGUUUCCGACCCUCCCCUCAACCGAAAGUUCCGUGUCGCAGUCCCAAGGCUUCCCAUCGACAGCCAUGCCAUCCCCUGCCCGCCAAAAGCCGUGGAAACCUCACCACAGAAGGCAGCGCAAGCUGACCCAUCGAGGCGUCAUGGGCAAUGCGACUCCCGGCAAUGCCUUGCCCAGUAGUACCCUGCUCUCUAGCAUCUCCCUGCCCAACUUCCCCACACUUUGGGACCAUGAGGGAAGCGGGGAGAAUGCCGGCGAAGCUUGCCCUUUAGCUUCUGCUGGUAGUGAAACGUCAGCCGCCAAUGAGGCCGAGAUUAAGAGACAAAAGCACGCUCGCUGCGUCGCGGCGUGGAAGGAGCUUCAGGCCGAGAUGAAAAGACGGAGGCAGGCACGCCGCACUGGCAACGAUCUUGCUGCUGCUGUUGAGCAGAUGCAGCUUUAG